AUGGUUCUGUCGGCGCUCCGAAGGAGGAGAUGUCUCAGUAGCUGCUGUAUGGGGACGUUAUGCUUGCAGUUGUUGCUGUGGAUUUUAUGCGCCGUGAACGGAGAGGAGCAGCCGUUCAGCGUGGAGGCAUGGCUCCAGAGGUAUGGUUACCUCCCAUCUGCAGACCCCAGAAUGUCAGUGCUGCGUUCUGCUCGAGUCAUGCAGUCCGCUAUCGCUGCCAUGCAGCGCCGCUACGGCCUCAAUGUCACAGGGACUCUGGACGGCACCACUAUAGACGAUAACACGAUAAGGUGGAUGAAGAGGCCCAGAUGCGGUGUUCCGGACCAGAUGGGCGGUGCAGCGAGAUUCAGUGUCAGGAAACGGCGGUACGCCCUCACAGGACAGAAGUGGCAACACAAACAUAUCACAUACAGCAUAAAGAACGUGACACCCAAAGUGGGUGCAGAGGAGACCCAUGAUGCCAUUCGGCGAGCCUUUGACGUUUGGCAAAAUGUGACACCUCUGCGCUUUGAGGCUGUGCCCUACAGCGAGCUGGAGAGAACAAAGAAAGACGUGGACAUCACCAUCAUCUUCGCUUCAGGUUUCCAUGGUGAUAGUUCGCCCUUCGACGGUGAAGGUGGCUUCCUGGCACACGCCUACUUUCCAGGGCCAGGAAUAGGAGGCGACACGCACUUUGACUCAGAUGAGCCGUGGACGCUUGGAAACCCCAACCAUGACGGUAACGACUUGUUCCUGGUAGCAGUCCACGAGCUCGGCCACGCGCUGGGCCUUGAACACUCCAACGACCCCACGGCCAUCAUGGCUCCUUUCUACCAGUACAUGGACACUGACAACUUUAAACUGCCCAUGGACGACCUGCUGGGCAUCCAGAAGAUUUAUGGGCCCCCUGAUAAGAUUCCCCAGCCCACCAAGCCUUUGCCGACGGCGCCCCCUCCCCGCUCCCAUCCUCCCUCAGACCCCCGCAAGCCAGACAGGCAGACCCGACCUCCAAGGCUGCCCCCGGGAGACAGACCAUCCCACCCCAACGCCAAACCCAACAUCUGCGACGGAGGCUUCAACACCCUCGCCAUACUGAGGAGAGAGAUGUUUGUCUUCAAGGACCACUGGUUUUGGCGGGUGAGAGAUAACUCUGUAAUGCCAGGAUACCCCAUGCUCAUCAGUGUUUUCUGGAGGGGCUUGCCGCCCAAGAUAGACGCCGUCUACGAGAACAGCGAUGGAAAGUUUGUCUUCUUCAAAGGGAAGCAGUUCUGGGUGUUUAAGGACACAGUGUUGCAGUCUGGAUACCCCAAGGACAUCGCCCAGUUCGGCCACGGGAUGCCGGCCCAGAGCAUCGAGACCGCUGUGUGGUGGGAGGAUGUGGCCAAGACCUACUUCUUUAAAGGGGACAGGUACUGGCGCUACAGUGAGGAAAUGAGAACCAUGGACCCUGGAUAUCCCAAGCCCAUCACGGUGUGGAGAGGUGUGCCUGACUCGCCGCAGGGGGCCUUCGUUGACAAAGCCAAUGGAUUCACCUACUUCUACAAGGGGAAGGAGUACUGGAAGUUCAACAACCAGUUCCUCAGAGUGGAGCCGGGCUACCCGCGCUCCAUCCUCAAGGACUUCAUGGGCUGCGAGCUGACGCCCAUCGACCCCGCCCGGCCGCCGGCCGACGAUGGCAACUCGGACGUGGUGAUCGAGCUGGACAACGAGGCGAACACGGUGAAGGCCAUCGCCAUCGUCAUCCCCUGCGUGCUGGCGCUGUGCCUGCUGGUGUUGAUCUACACUGUGGUGCAGUUCAAGAGGAAGGGUACGCCACGCCACAUACUGUACUGCAAACGCUCCAUGCAGGAAUGGGUCUGAAACAUCGUGGGGGAAGGUGGGGCGGUACAAGACACAGGGGAAAACAGGACGGUGGCCCCCACUUUCACAGAGGAGGACAGUGGGCUUUGGACAACUUUCGUGAAAACACACAGCCACGCCUCCUCCUUCUGGGUCAUCUGAUACCUUCGAUCAGACCCCUUCAAACGAAAGGUGACCCCAGGACUUAAAAUGACUCCGCUAGCCCCCAGCCUUUUUAACAAACAGGGGAGCAGAGGGACAAUUUGUGGGGGAUCUUUGCCUGAAAUGACCUACAGACCCAGUCAAAACAAACAGGAGGGUCGGCAUCACUUUGUAUCUCAGAAACUUGACUUCCUGUCCCAUUCCUCUUUCAUUUCUUCGCCCAACUGCCCUUAAUCAGGAGGACUUUUCAGGGGGACAAGCACUCUUCUCACAGGGCACUUCACUGUCAUCUGUCAUAUCAGGUUGUUGAUUAAACAACAGUUUUAUAUUUUCUGAUCUUGGUGCCCCCCCCCAUACUGUUUUCAAAAGAUAUACAGUCUCAGAUAAACACAAGUUAAUCACAUUACCAGUCCUCAGUCCCGUUUCUGUUCUUCUUUCCCCUUUUUAAUUUUUUUUUUCUUUCAGUACUUCUUAGAAAGGAGGUCCUCACUGUUCCCUUUAACACGCUUCUGAGGAAGAGACCAAACGAAACCAAAUAAAAUCAAUUUCUCUCCAAAGAGGAUCACUUUUUUUUUUUUUGGCUUUAUUUUUCUUUUUUUUUUUUUGUUGUCCUCAUUUCAGUUCAUCCUUCCUUCUCUUCUCUGGAUCCUUGCAGCGAUUAAGAGUCGGGGAGCUCUGACUGUUGUGGCAGUCUGUCUGAGACACAGGGGCCAAAUUAUUCUGCAAUAUUUUAACUCGCCUUAAUUAUAGAUCAUACUACUUGUGCUUGGUUUUGCUGUUCUUGCAGUUGUUUUUUUUUUUUUUUUGUAUACCUCUUUUGUUUUUGUUUGUUUUUUCAUUGUAACAGAAGCUUGUUGUGAGCUUCCUGUGAUUGUUUUUUUUUCUGGAUUUUAUUACGUUACCCAGAGUUCUCAGCACUGGCUUGCUGAGCCAUUCUGGACAAAAAUAUACAGUAGGGUCAGCCUGUAUUGAGAGUAAUGUAUUGUAUCGUAAAAAAGAUGUCGGAAGGUUCUGGAGUCAAGCCACUAUUUUUGUGUGUUAAGAUAUUUGUUACUGUUACUUUUAUCAUUUCCGUACAACAACAGAAAUCAGGUCAAUAACAAGCCUGGAAGUCUUUUGAUGGAUCGACUGUUGUUGGUUUUUUUUUGUCCUUGGCCCACAUUCCCCUCAUUUUAAAGAAGUCUUCAUCCAAAAUGGUCAUUCUGUAUGGUUAUUCAACCAUUUUUUUUUAAGUUUUUUUUUUUUAAAGGAUCCUGUUGACUGCCUUGUUUGAGAGAGCUCACAGUUCCCAGAAUGCUCUUGUCUCCUGACUGAGGACCCACGAAGUGAGCCACCAAGUCAAGAUCAGUGCCUGUGUCAACGUGCAUGCAAGCAUUUACACACUGUACAUCCAACCAGUUCUGCUCAACGUGGCUUUGGAAACCCCUCAAACGCUGAGGAGGAAGUUUACUCGUUAAAAAAAAAAAAAAAAAAAUACUGUUUGCAUUUAUUUGUGUACAUUUUAAGUGUACCCCAGCCCCCCUCCCCCUCCCCUUACCUCCAGGUACAAUUAAAUCUCAGAAAACACUUUAAAAGAAUCAAGUGGAACAAUUGGGAGAUCUUUGGAGGAUCUUUGGCAAAUUUAAAUUGGCCUCUACAAAGCAGCCAGCCAUUAGCAAACAUGCAGUGUCCUCGCUGUCACGGCGAGCGUCUUUUGAAUGUGCGUCUGUUUUCAUGAUCACAAACUGUUUUUUGUUUUUUUGUUCCUUUUUUUCCUGUUUUCUGGUUAGAACAAAUUGGACAUCUCACCAUGACUUCUUUGUGUAUGACUAUGGGACAACGAGGAAAUGUGUCCUGACAGAAUGAAUAAAUUGAUCAAUGUAUGAUUACGAGCUGCA